GUUCAGAAUAACAUCACACCUCUCCAGGAGAACCAGCAGCUAAAAUGCAGUCUGAUAAGGCAUAAAGGAAGAUCAAAAGGAGAAAUUACCAGCAGCUAAAAUCCAGUCUGAUGAGGCAUACAGGAACAUCAAAAGUGCAAGCAUCAAUGGAUGUGUUUUAAUGCAUGAAGCCAUAUAAAGAGGUGCAGCGCCAGAAAGACAUUUACUUCAGCUGCAGUAUUGACUCUCUACUCUUAAACUCGAACAUGGCAAGCAAACAUUCCAGCUAUGAAGCUAUUCUACGAAAUGAUGAAGAACUGAGGAUUGUGAUGGUGGGGAAGACUGGAAUUGGGAAGAGUGCCACAGGAAACACCAUUAUUGGGCAUAACUGCUUUGAAUCAAAGUUCAGCGCCAAGUCUAUGACUGAUGAGUGCUCUAAGGCCUAUGCUGAAGUGGAUGGACAAAAGGUUGCUGUUAUUGACACCCCAGGUCUCUUUGACACCAGGUGGGACCAGGAUAAAACACAUGAAGACAUCCGCCAGUGCAUCAAGUAUUCUUCGCCUGGACCCCAUGUCUUCCUGGUUGUCAUCGCGCUCGGCAGAUUCACAGAAGAGGAAAAGCAGUCAGUGCAGAAGAUCAGAGAAAUGUUUGGCCAGGCUGCAGACAAAUACAGCAUGGUUCUCUUUACUCAUGGUGACCUUCUUAAAAACACCACUAUUGAGGAGUUUUUAAAGGACAGCCCAGACCUGCAGGAACUUGUGGCCAGGUGCAAUGGUCAGUACCAUGUCUUUAAUAAUGAUCUGGAGAAUCACUCGCAGGUCACCGAGCUGCUUAAGAAGAUCAGAACCAUAGUCCAGAAGAACGGAGGAAGCCACUACACCAAUGAAAUGUUCCAAAAGGCAGAAAGGGCAAUCAAAGAGGAGAAACAACGCAUCCUGAAAGAGAAAGAGGAGCAAAUACGCAAAGAGAAAGAAGAACUGGAGAAGAAACUACGAGCUGAAUAUGAAGAAAAGCUUCGAGAUGUAAAGGAGAAAUUCAGAGCUGAAAUUGAGGAAGAGAGAAGAGAGAGAAAAAGGGUACAACAUGAUAUUAUUGACUUGAAGAGGGAAAGGGAGAGGCAUACUAUUGAAAUGAAGGAGAUGGAGAUGGCAAGGAAUAGGGACAGGAAACAAAUGGAGCAGAUGUUGAAGAGGGAUAGGAAUGAAAAUGUGCAUGAUAAUAGUGAUUUGAAGAGGGAAAGGGAGAGGUUUGCUAUGGAAAUGAAGGAGAUGGAGAUGGCAAGAGAUAGGGAGAAAAAAAAAAUGGAGCAGAUGUUAAAGAUGGAUAGGAAUAAAGACGUGCUUGUAUUAAACAGUACGGUGAAGAAGCUACAGAUAGAUUUGGAAAAGAAAAAGCUGGAUAUAGAGAAGGAGUGGAUAAAGAAAAAAGAAGAGGAGAGGAAAGAGUGGGAGAGAAGAAGGAAGGAGGAAAUUAAGGAGGUGGAAAAGAGAGAAGAGGAGAGGAAAGAACUAGCAUUCCCCUGA